AUAAAAACAAUUUGUAGAUAUCUGGGUCCCCGAUUGUUAAACAUGGAGACCAUCGUAAAGAUGGAGACUAAAACAAAACUGUAACACUAGGUGAAUGAAAAAUUGUUUACUGAUAAAUAUUGUUUAAUUAACCGAAAAUUUGUACGGGACCUUUAUCAACAUUCGAGCUCUUUUCCAACAAAUUUAACGAUUUAGAGUAACUUUAAGAGGACUAUUUGUAUAUUAAUUUCUAUAUAACCUUUAUUGUGGAUAUUAACAAUAAAUCAUGGAAUGGACGCGAGAAAGAACACUUACACUUAUUAAUGAAUACCGUAAAAGACGAGGUCUAUGGGAUAUGACACAUGAUGAUUAUAGGAAAAAGGAUAUUAAACAGAAUCUUCUGAUAGAAGUGAGUAAUAGUCUUGGUGGAAGCAUAUCUGUUAACGAGGUCGAGAAGAAAUUCCACACUUUGCGUACUCAAUACCAUCGCGAAAUAAAUCGAAUGAAUCGUAAAGAGCCCUACAAUUCCAAAUGGUUUGGUUUCAAGAACUUGCAGUUUUUAAGUUCUCCAAUGGCUCGACGGCUCUCGAGAGGACGUAUUAAAAAUGAAAUUACGGAAGAUGGAACAGUGACAUCAAAAUAUAUUAUAAGAGAUUCGAAUACUCAUCACGAUAGCAGUGGAAGUUCUGUGAACUUAAAUAACAAUGUAAAUGAAGAAUUUUUAAUACAUCAAAAGUCUGCUAUUGCGAUAGAGCCCAUAAGCAACUCUAAACAUUACCGUAAUACCAGUCGAUCACGCGCAUUAGAAAAGUUAAUUGAAGAAACUACCAAAGAUAUUGAUGAUGGUGAUGAUAAGCAAAAAAUGACUAUUACAAUGGAGCAGCAAAGCUAUAACAAUGAAAUGCAAGUUGAAGACCAAAUGAAUAGUCAGAGAAUAAACGCAGGAGGAGAUGAAGAACAAUUGGAAGCUAUUCAAUUACAGGAGGAAGAGGAAGAAAUCACAUACACAUCUUCGACAGGAGCUGAUGGCUGUGAUAUUUCUCAUAAUCAGCAAACAAUAUCUACACGUAUUAUAAAAGCUCAACACAAUAAUUCCUGCAAUGAUCCAGAGAUUGAAUAUGAAGAUGAAGCUGACCCGUCACAUGAGGACAAACGAGAUUUCUAUGGCGGCCCAGGACAACAAAAUUCCUUGCCUAUAACAUCCACCCCAUCUGCAGGUACACAUCCACCAAACAUAUUGUUAAAUUCCAAAAUCAAAAUCAGCAGUCAACAAAAGCAACAUUUGCCAGGACGAAAUCUAGAUAAACCAACCAAUCCGAAUUCUGGACCGCAAGUGUUUCACACAUCAGGUCAUAUACGCGACGAAUAUACUACUUAUGGCGAAUAUGUAUCUAAUGAAAUGCGCAACAUAACAAAUCGUGAAGUGUUAUUAGGUCUUAAACAUAAAAUAAAUACUGCUCUUUUCGAAGCCCAAAUGGCUGAACUACGGAAUUAAAAAAUUACAAAAAAUAUAUUUACCUUUAUCACUUACGGUUGUAUUCUCCUCAACGUUUUAAAUUUUAAUUGGAUAUUUUUCACAUAAAACGUUAUAUAUAUAUACUCACAUAUAUAGGGUAGCGAAUAGAGUAAUGGAAAUUUUGUUUAAACUGUCAAAAAAAUAUAUUUUUGUGGAAUCAUGCAAAAUUGGUAAAACUCGAA